UAAUCUAUUUACUCUGCAUCUUGGAAUGAACUCAGUCAGUCAGUCAGACAGACAUGCUAUCACCUGACAAAGCACUGUUUGGUUCCUCUGCUCUGUCUGUUCUUCUAUCUUUCUCCAGUGCUGCAGACCUGAUUGAGGACUGAUCCGUGGCAUUGGACACAGCUGGGCCCGGUUGUGCCCCCCCCCCCAUGCAUAUAAAAACCUGAGCAGUAGACGUCAUUUAUUGACACGCAUCCACCCCCCUACACUCCUGACUUUACAAGGCUGCAAGUAUAUGAUGAUCGUAUAGACUGUGAUGCAUUGCUGUAGAUUAAACAAAUGCAGCAGUAAUAUUAAUCCAGAAACAUAAUUUUGACUGCACACAGAACACUUUUAAGUACAUUUCACUGAUACUAGUGAUAUACUUUGACUUGACUAAGGUUUUUUUACUUUUGUGUUUUCACAGUGUGGUAUUAGUACUUUUACCUAAGUAGAAGAUCUGAAUACUUCUUCCACCACUGGGAAUACUAAACUGUACACUGCGAUAGAAGGUCCCAAGCCAAACAUGUUAGGAAUCACUGCUUUAUAUACAUUAUAAUACAAGUACACACACACUGGAUCAGGUGUGUGGCUGCUCAGUUUGUAGAAUUACAAUAAGGAGGUACCUAAAAUGGGCACUAGGCGGCGUAAGAACCUCAUGAACAGCUAGCAGCAGUAAUGCUUCUACCACAUGCAGGCCUCACAGCUUUAGGUUGAAAUAUUGUUGAAUAAACUCAAGAAUCUGUUUAACAUUCUGCUCUAGCUGUUUGUCUAGACCCUUUUCUGUUAAGACACCGCACACUUCUAAUAAGCUACAUGGUGUCCAUUCACAACCAAAGAAUAAAGUGUGUGUGUGUGUGCGCCCGCGCUUUACUUCUGCCGAUUGCAUUUCCAACUUCAAAAGUCAUGAAAGUGGUGUUCAUUUGUGAAUAUUAUCUUGUUGAACAAAGCGUGUAAGUAUCAUACGCGUUUGCCGCAGAGCUUAUUUUCUGCAAUUAUCCAAAAUCCGGUGGAAAAAUCCCUUUAUCUUUUUUUGUCGAGGGAACCAGUGCGACGCUAACUUCCUGGUUGGACAAAAAAUGACAUUGCUCCUGCAGCUCUAUAUAAAUGGUUCAUUCUAAGGUAAUGAAAAACACGGUGUGUCUUAUUUUCAGGUGACACCUUUCUGUUGUGAACUCGCAAUGAUAUGUUGUAAAGAUACUGAAGGGGCCUUUAAGGAGUCAUUUGGGGACAAAGGGCAGGACGAGUGAACAUUCACCAACGGAAGAGAAACUUUAGGACACAGCAAAACAAGUGUAUGUAUUUCAUUAUUGAAACAUUAUUCAACAAUGUUAAAAUGCCAUGCUGUGUUUUUUUUUGCUGCUAUCUGAGGACCUGCCCAUAGAGCAGUCUGCCCACCCCCCUUCACCUUAUCUCCUGCAUGUCUGCCCGCUUCUCAUUAGCAUAAUUAAGCAGCUGCACACCGGGAGGUUUCACAGGUUACAACAAACGCCCCGCUCUCUGUGGGGGGGGGGGGAGACAUUUCAGGUGAGGAGCCGCCAGAGCCGAAAUGGGCCCACAAACAAUCAUGAGUCCGAACGAGACGCCUAUGGCGCUGUUGGCGGUGGCGUGUCUCCUCGGCUCGUUCGCGCUCUCACAAGUGGAGGAAAUGAGGGGCCACGAGCGGCUGUUCCUUGGCUCCCUGGGGCUCUCCGGGCGACCUCGGCCCGCGGGGAACCGGCGCCACGUCCCCUCGGAAAUCUGGAGGAUGUUCCGGAUGUCGGAGAACAACCAGGCCCGGGAGAGUGACCCCUGCACGGUGUCCGAGUACGGAGUCCCAGGCAACAUCAUCCGGCUGGUGUCUGGCUGGAGCAGCAGCUGUCAGGCCUGUCUGGAGAAGCAGCUUUACUUCAACAUGUCCGUCCUGCAGCCUGUGGAGCUGCUGUCUCUGGCUCAGCUGGAAAUCACGUUCCACUGGAAGCUCCUGCAGGGGCCCCGGGCCCUCAGCGUGUCUCUGUAUAAAGUGAUCCGGGCCACGCUGAGGGGAGCCAACCCCCAGGCCGGCCGCAGGCUCCUGCUGUCCCAGUCGCUGAGGCUGCAGACCGAGCCCACCUCCGUCGCCAUGGACCUCACCCCGCUGGCGGAGAGCUGGCGCAAACCGGGACGCAACUACGGCUUGCUCCUGGAGCUGCUGCCUCUCGACGUCGAUCCGGAGGAGCUGCUUCCCUUUCACCCCGGGAACUCCCUCCCGUUGGAGCCGGCCUUCACCCUGCCUCUGGUCCAGGCCUCGCUGGUGGCCGUGUCCCUCAACCCCCACCAGUGUCGCUCCAGACAGCGGCGAAGCGCUGUCCACCUCCCCGUGACGCCCAGCAACGUGUGCAAGGCCCGCCGCCUCUACAUCGAUUUCAAGGACGUGGGCUGGCAGGACUGGAUCAUCGCCCCGCAGGGCUACAUGGCCAACUACUGCCACGGCGAGUGCCCGUUCCCGCUCAGCGAGAGCCUGAACGGCACCAACCACGCCAUCCUGCAGACCCUGGUGCACUCCCUGGACCCGGAAGUCACGCCACAGCCCUGCUGCGUGCCCGUCCGCCUCUCCCCAAUCUCCAUGCUCUACUACGACAACAACGACAACGUGGUGCUCCGGCAUUACCAGGACAUGGUGGUGGACGAGUGCGGGUGUCGGUGAGGUUGGUCGGACAUUUCUGACUGUCGAAUAUCCACCAGUACCUUUUUUUUUUUUUUAAAUAAGUGUUAAUGUGACUUAAUGCUGUUUUGAUUGUUGGUUCGAUUAGGUUUUCAGUGUACAACGUUCUUUGCAGUCAACGAUUUUAAAGAAUUUAACAUUUGUAUUCGUUUGUUCUCCCAAAGAUUUAGACGCAUCUUUUUAUAUGAAAGCUGAUGUUAAUAAAAAUUGCAAUAAAGCUACACUGGAGGACUGAAUUUGAAAAGUCAGUCACUUGUUUUGGUGGAGCUUUUUUUUUUUUAACUAAUAAACACUUCGGGGCCCAGACCAAUUCAGUUAUGGGCUCUGGUCCCUGGCCAGGUUUUCCUCUCCAAAGGCUUGGUGGAACAUAAUCCAGAGUUUUCUUUCAAGAAGUUCUUUGUCUCCCUGGAAGACUGCCUAUCAUC